AUGUUGCAUGCAUUGGGCUUCGUACACGAACAUCAAAGAAGAGACCGUGAGUGUUACAUAGAAGUUUUUGGACGCGCACUUCAGGACUACAACAACAGAAUAUAUACAAACUUUUGGACUGAAUAUUUAACCUUCCCAUUUGACAUACACAGUGUGAUGCAGUACCGGGCCAGCUCGAUUUUUAGAUCAUUGUUUGGUGAAACCGUUGGGCCGCUCAGUGAGGAGAUGUCCAUGUUAGACUGGAUGAAGCUCAACUACAUCUACUGCCGUGGACCGCAUAUAUGUGACACAAAUUAUAGUUUAUGUGCAAAUCACAAGAAUAUUCUUAAACAGUGCAUCCGGAGAGGUGCACUUCCUCGUAAUCUUUUAACAUAUUCUAUACAAGGAAAACUCUCCUGCAUCAAACCAUUACUGUUCAAAGAGAUAGAACACGCUGUGUAA